AUGCUCCGGUCACCUGCAAAGUCAGCAUCUACUACAGACCUCCGUUCUCUCUCUCUUGAGAAUGAGGUCGAUAUUGAUAAUCAAUUGCAAAACAUCAACACACGAAAGCGGGUGAAACUUGACCAAGAUGUCUCGCCAACAAAAUUAGAAGACAUGAUGUUUCGUAUGCAAAAAUCGUUUGAUGAAAUCAACAAGAACAUCAACGACGUCGUCAAAGUUGAGCUCAGUAAUUUAACAUCUGUCUCCUCCGAAAUUAAGGCGGAAUUGAAUUCACUACGACGGGAGAAUACUGAAUUGAAAAGCUCAAUAGAAGCAAUGUAUGCGCAACAACAGGAAACAGUCGCUUUGGUGACUGACUUGCGUGCAUCCCUCGACUUCACCUCCAACCGAGUCGACAUCUUAAAUAAACGGGUAGACAAAUGCGAGGAACACUGCAAGCGUGAUGAUGAACUAGCAAAUGAACUAAAAACUACAAAACAGGCGUUAAAAACCAUAGAAACCGACUUAAAUCGCCAACAACAGCGAGAUAGGCUACUAAAUCUGGAAAUAACAGGAAUCCCCGAAGCUAAAACAGAGGAAUUACCAAUUAUUUUUCAACAAAUUGCUACGAUCUCUGGGGUAUCCCUCUCAGCUGAUGACUUCGAGCAUAUCAACCGCGUACAGCCCAAACAACCCGUGAAGGGCCGUCCGCGAUCCAUUGUUGUCAAACUCAAGAAUCGUAUACACAAAGACAACAUCAUUGCUGGGAUACGUAAGCGCCGUGGAAUCACCACCAAAGACUUAAACUUGCCUGGAGACUCAAAACCUGUAUACGUAAACGAACAUCUGACCACCCAAAACAAACUUCUGUACAAAAAAUGCAGGGAGGUAGCAGCAAAUAAAAUGAUAAAGUACGUAUGGAUAAGACACUGCAACAUAUUUAUGCGCAAGGAUGAUACAUCACCGGCGGUACUAAUCAACGCUGAAGACGAUUUGAAGAAGUUUCGUUAA